CGUCCAUCGAAUUCGUUCCUUAUCUAUCGCAAGGAGCAUGCGAAGGCCUACGCUGGGCUGGUCGCUACCGAACUAUCGACCAAACUCGCCAAAGCCUGGAAAAACGAGACUCCCGAGCGACGAGCGUACUAUGCCAUGCUCGCAGAGAGAGCCAAAGCUGAACACGCGAUCAAGUACCCAAACUACAAGUUUACACCCAUCAAA